GCUCAGCGGUGGACCAAGUCGAUGGAGCGUUCGACCGAAGCAACCUACAGACCAUCUCCAAUACCGCACCCCACACACACAACGCCACAGACGCGGAUAAUACACAAAGGAGAAGUGCCCCAACACACACUGAUACGAAUAUCGAUACAAGCUUAGAUUCACAUACACGGAUACACACAGACACGUACUAUACCCUCGCUCCCACCCCAACAGACAGCAACGCGCAGACGCUCGCCGACUCUCUUGUGCGCACUAUCAGCGCACACGGCAUCGCACCAACCAGUACACGCACACUCACACGACACGAGAUAGAUGCUCAGAUGCUGCACAGAUACACAGAAGCACAGGUACAAGCGACGAGUGACGAUGAAGCGGAUGAGGGGCCGAGUGGGGACGUAAGGCAAAUGAGGGGCACAAUCACGCUGGUGGAGAUGGCAGUGCCGCAGGUGGAUGGCUUGGACGAG